AACCGAACCCUAUUCGACCUUCUUUCCUUCUGUUUGCACUUCUCUCUUCAUCCAAACCAUGGCCACUGCACUCAAGGCACCCACCACUUCACAUGGAUUGCUGCAUCCUAAGCAAUCAUCCACCUCUAAGGAGGAAAUGAGCGUGAGACAUUACUCCGACAAACUUGUCACCGGUCACAUUUACGCCCAACAUCGCGACGAUGACUCAACUAAAAUUGACCUUCCAAAUUACAUCUCAAUUAUUGAGAGCAUCAUUACCACUGCCGAUCGAAUUACUGAAACCGUUCAUCGCGGUAGCGAAGGGCGUGUGGUGUAUUCAGAUGAUUCAUUGGCAUCUAAUGUUGUGAUCGAGCCUCCGCUAUGUACUCUUCAUCAUAUCUCUAGCGAGUUGUCAUGCAAGGCUCCGGGGGUAGAGAAAGCACACGAGACGACACUAAAAAUCUUCGAAAUAUUGGCUAAUUAUCCAUGGGAAGCCAAGGCAGCUCUCACUUUGUUAGCCUUUGCAACAGAUUAUGGAGACUUAUGGCAUCUCUAUCAUUAUUCCCAUACCGAUCCAUUGGCUAAAUCAUUGGCCAUUAUCAAGCGAGUAGCUACCUUGAAGAAGCACUUAGACUCACUUCGAUACCGACAAGUGCUUCUCAAUCCCAAGAGCCUUAUUCAAAGCUGUUUGCAAGCAAUCAAAUACAUGGAUGAGAUACGAGAAUUCUCCAAAUAUGAUGUCAAGGAGCUUACUGCGUUGCCAGCUGCUCUUCGUCUGAUUCCAUUGUUUACUUAUUGGGUUAUACACACUAUUGUUGCUUCUAGAAUUGAGCUCUCUAGCUAUCUGAGCGAAACCGAGAAUCAGCCACAGCUAUAUUUGAAUGAAUUGUCGGACAAAAUUACGAGCGUACUCACCGACAUUGAAAGGCAUCUAUACGCCAUCCGAGAUCUGAAAGAGGAAGUUGAUCUCUACCGAUGGUUGGUUGACCACAUUGAGCAUUAUCAUACUGGCAUUCCCUUGGUUAUUUCCAAGCUGGUUGACGGCAGACCUGAAACCAACCCAAUAAUUGAUGGCUCAACUCAAAAAGAGGUUGGUAUUCAUGAAAGUUUGUCGGAAAAGAACGUGAUAUUGCUCAUUUCUGGUCUGGAUAUCUCGGAGGACGAUAUUAGAGCUUUACAUAAGAUUUACGAUGAAUUGAAAGCUAGAAACGCUAAUUAUGAGAUAGUUUGGAUUCCAAUUAUCCCGGAGCCUUAUCAUGAAGAUGAUCGCAAGAUGUAUGAGUAUCUGCGUUCUACAAUGAAGUGGCUCUCAAUCCAGUUUACCACAAAAAUAUCUGGCAUGAGAUACAUCGAGGAGAAGUGGCAAUUUAGAGAAGAUCCAUUAGUUGUGGUACUCAACCCAAAUUCUAAAGUAGAAUUCAUGAAUGCAAUUCAUCUCAUUCGUGUUUGGGAAAAUGAAGCUAUCCCAUUUACACAAGCAAGAACUGAAUCUUUACUCAAAAAACAUUGGCCCGAGUCAACUCUCCUCAAAUUCACUCACCAACCAAGGCUACCAAAUUGGAUUAAGAGUCAGAAAAGUAUUAUAUUUUAUGGAGGAAAGAAUCAAGCAUGGAUCCAACAAUUUGAAGAAAAAGUAGAAGUUUUGAAAAGCGAUCCUUUGAUAAUCGACGGGGGUUCAUUUGAGAUCGUACGCAUUGGAAAAGAUGCAAUAGGAGAGGAUGAUCCUAAACUUAUGGCUCGUUUUUGGAAAGUACAAUGGGGUUAUUUUAUAGUGAAGAGUCAGAUAAAAGGUUCAAGUGCAAGCGAGACAACUGAAGAUAUUUUAAGAUUGAUUUCUUACCAAAAUGAAGAUGGUUGGGCAGUUCUUACUGUAGGCUCAGCCCCUGUGUUAAUUGGUCGUGACGUUUUGAUUUUGAGAUUGAUUGAUGACUUUCCAAAAUGGAAACAAACUUUGCGCUUGAAGGCUUUCCCCGAUGCUUUUAGAGAAUACUUCAAUGACCUGGCUAUGAAGACUCAUCAAUGUGAUCGAGUUAUUCUUCCUGGAUUUAGUGGAUGGAUUCCUAUGGUUGUCAACUGUCCUGAAUGUCCUCUUUUCAUGGAGACUGGCAUUAGUUUUAAAUGUUGUCACGGUGGCACUCAUAUGUGAUCAUCCAAAGUGAGUAUUAUAUAUCUUUUUAUUAUCAUAUUUUACUACUACUAAGACUACUACUAUGUACAAUAAAUGAUGCCAUUUUUUGUGGCCAUCUGUGUUUUUCUGUUGAAAUCGAGACAUAUGAUCUCGUCAUUAUCAUCGAUUGAAUAUUUGUAUGAUUUAUGUUAUUUCGACAAAAUUAUGAAAUACUUUAU